GUGCCCUGCCUGCACUUUUAGUUGGCACAGGGGUGUCAAACUGGUGGCCCUCCAGUUGUUGCGAAACUACAAGUCCCAUCAUGCCUCUGCCUUUAGGAGUCAUGCUUGUAACUGUCAAUCUUGCAAUGCCUCAUGGGACUUGUAGUUUGGCCACAGCUGGAGGGCCGCCAGUUUGACACCUUUGUUGCCAAACUACAAGUCCCAGGAGGCAUUGCAAGAUUGACAGUUACAAGCAUGACUCCCAAAGGCAGGGGCAUGAUGGGACUUGUAGUUUCGCAACAGCUGGAGGGCCACCAGUUUGAAAUCCUAGUAAGCAGG